GUUCGAUGCGUGUGCAAAAAUUUAUGAGAGGAUGAGCAGGGCAAAUUAAAUUUCAAAUUUAUUAUAGCUUCGGAGCAUGUGGAGCAAAUACGCAAUGGAGCUUAUGGAGCACCGCUCACAUUGAGAAAUUGCUAUAUAUUUGUAAUACUCAAGAUGAGUUGUCGCUAUUCACGAACAAUCUAUGUUGGCAACCUUCCCUCAGGUGUAAGAGAGUAGGAAGUUGAAGACUUGUUCUAUAAGAUGAUUGCAUUUUGGACAUCAAGUUGAAGAUUCCUCCACGUCCUCCAUGUUAUUGUUUUGUUGAGGUUCGUUUUCAUAGUUCAAGAGUGCUCUUGAUGCUGAAGAUGCAAUCAGGGGUCAGGAUGGCCAUAACUUUGAUGGUUGUUGAUUGAGGUUGAGUUCGCCCAUGGUGGUAAAGGACAAUCCUCAAGUGAUUGUUGUGGUGGCUAUGGUGGGGGGGCAGCUUGAUUUGGCAUCUCAUGUCGUUCUGAAUAUCAAGUUAUUGUUCGUGGACUCCCUCACUCUGCAUCCUGGCAGGAUUUGAAGGAUUACAUGCGGAAAGCAGGGGAUGUCUGUUUUGCUGAGAUUUCUCGUGAUAGCGAGGGGACUUUUGGUGUUGUUGAUUAUACAAAUUAUGAAGACAUGAAAUAUGCUGUGAGGUGAUAUGAAAGCGGUCCAUCUAGGAGCCGAAGUAGAAGCUGCAGCAGAAGCAGAAGUGUAAGAAGGGACAGGAGUAAAUCAGCAGAAUGG